UUUAGUUCACAUCACUAGCAUAUUAGCCAUUGUCGGAAAAUUUUCUUGCGCAUACGGCUUGUUAUACCAGUUGUCAAAUAUAAUUGUUAAAAUAAUUGCAAUCUUAUUGCAAAAACAUUCAUAACCAAGAACAUUAAGUUUGUUCAUUUUAAUACAUUAAACCAAAAGGAAAAUGCGUGGUCGCGGCAACUACAUUCCACGUGGAGGCGGCACCAUGCGCGGCGGUGGCGGCUAUUACAACAACCGCAAUUCCAGCAAUUACGUGAACACACGUACCCAAGGGAACUAUCGGCCAAACAAUGGACGAUAUGAGAACAACUAUCAUCAUAACAAUCGCUACAGUGGUGGGAAUAAUAACAACUCCAACAACGACCACUACGAUAACCGCAACCGCGAUAAGUUUAACAACCAUCAUAACUCGAGCACCGGCGGACGCUAUGAUUCAGGCUCUUCUCACAAGCGCAGCUAUGAUUCAUCUCGUGAUCGUGGCGAUGACCGCAAACGUCCACGUCAAGACGAUUACCGUCGCACGUCGUCGUCAAAUGAUCACAAUGAUCGUCCAUCGUCUUCAUCGCAGAACAUGGGCUCAUCUUCGUCCAGUUACCAUCAACGGAACAGCACUGGCGGUGGUGGUGGCGGUAGCUCAAGCUCAUAUCGGCCACGAGAUGAUUCUGGCAGCCAGCGACAUCAGCGCGAUUCAUCGAUGGGUCCGCCAAAGCGGCCGCUAUUACGCAGUGUCGCCGGCACAAGUUAUAUAUCACGGCCGCGGGGCUCAAUGUCCAUACGCGGCGGCAUGAUGCGCAACAACAUGCGCGGCGUUGGCACCAUGAGGAUUGUGCGUCCGCGCCUCAACGAAUCUAAUGAUCUGCGUACUAUGCGCCGUCAGCUGCUCUAUGCACAGCAGAAAGAUCGCGCUCGUCUGCUCAAGAUACAACAAUUGAAAAGCUCGUUGCGGCGCCAACGCCAGGCAGGGAACAGCAGCGAUAACUCUAGCGACGACAAUGAUGACUCUGAUAAAGCUGACAAGGGGGACCAUUCUGAUAAAAAGAAGAUGAAGAGCAAUGAAGAUGAUGGCGAAGAAGACGAGGACAACGACGAUAAAGAUGGCGCUGAUGGGGAGGAUAAGAAGAACGAAACGACUAAAAAGUCGACAAUCAAAAAACGUAGCAACAAAACGGCAACCGAAGAUGCCGAGGGCAAGUCGCAUGAUGACAAGGGUAAAGACGAUGACGAUGAUCAGGAGCUAGAUGAUAACAAUGGCGCGGAGAAAAAAAAAGCCAAAGUUGGCACCGAUGAUGAUGAUGAUGCUUAUGAGGAGGCGGGCAAGGGCAAGACCGAUGAGUCCGGUGACAAUGCCGAUAAGCCCAAAGAGAAGGGCAAAUCCUCGGAUACAGCUGAAAAGUCAAUAGGUAAGAAAAAAGAUAAAGAUGGCGACGACAAGGACUCCAAAUCAAAGAAGUCGUCCAGCAAGAAGGAUCGCUCGGCGCGCAAGGACAAAGACGAGAGCGAAGAUGAUCGCAAGGAACGUCGGACAACCUCUCGUCAUCGUGACGAUGAACACAAUUUGCGCCCGCGCACGUUUAUUAAACUCACCUGCGUGCAUUGUCGUAUUAAGUGCGUUACUUUCAAGGAAUAUCACUAUCACCUGAACUCACGUACACACAAGAAUUCGAUGCGUACAGUUGCAUUGCGUCAGCGUGCAGACUUGCAGCGCAUGCGUGCCCGUCAACGCACAACACAGCGUGAGAUUGAGGAAAACAGCAAGGAAGAGUACGAGUCGCGUUAUUGUCGCCUUUGCCGAUUGGCCUAUCGCCAGCCGAAAAAUCUGCAUCAAGCCUCCGAGCAUCACAAGACGAUCAAGAAGUUCCUGAUGCCCUACUGUGGCUCCUGUCACCUGGCAUUUAAGAAUGCCAUGCUUUAUGAAAACCACCGCUGCUCGUUGGAGCACAUAAGAAAUAAAGCGCGCAAUGACGAGUCCGGCUCGGAGGACAGCGUUGACGAGCGUGAAAUUGAUUUGAAUAAAUUCCUUACCGUUGAUUCGGUAGGCGAGAUUGAUGACGACAUUAUGGAUGCUGAUGUUGAUGCUAUGCUGCUUCAGGCUGAAACAGCGCAGAAGAGUGCAGACGAAGAGACUCGUAAACGCGGUCUCAUUGGACUGGAAUUCAUCAAGGCUGUCGAGGCCUUUUAUUGUGAAAUUUGCAAUCAUUAUUCAUCCAAGCAAGGCGAUGAUACUUUGGAGGCGUACACAAAGAAGCAUUGCUUGCAGCAUUUGCAUGUUAAGAACUAUCUGCGCCAUAAGGAAGAGACGGAAAAAAAGUCCAAAUCGGAUGAAGGCGAAGAUGAUGAUCCAGACGUCGAUGAGGAGGGUAAUAAGCUACCUAAAGAUACUGACGAAGCAGAGGCAGAAGAAGAUAUUGAAAUGGAAGCCAAGGAUGAAGAUGAAGAGGAAGAGGAUUACGAGGGCGAAGAUGGUGAUGGAUCGCAUGAUGAGAAACUGUGGGAGGAAGUUGACAAGGAUUUGGGUGAUUUGUUAGCGGAAGUCAAACCACUGACCCACGAAGAAGAGGAUGAGGAAGACGAAUCUGUGCUGAAUAUUGACAUCGAAAGUGAAAAGAAUAAGCUAAAGGAUGUCAAAGAUGAAUCCAAUGGCAACGCAGACGAGUCUGCAAAAGAUAUUAAGCCAGCUGCCAACACACCAGAUAAAAAGCCAGCUGCUCCAACAAACACACCGACAAAAUCCGCAACUGCUGUCAAAGCGGAGUCAACAACGGCUAACAAAGCAAUGGCCAAAGUGAUCAAGGCCAACCGACCCGGCCCGGCCUCAAUGAAACGUCAGGUGUUGGUCAGCCUGAAACGCACCUCAGCAGCAGACAUCAAGGCGGCUACCAAAUCUGCAACUGACUCAAAAUGAGCACGACCUGUCUACCAUUCAUACACACUAACAGACCCACAUGGAUAGCUGCAGUGAUUUAGUUGCUGCAUAAUAAAGAAAACCACAUUUGAAA